AUGUCUGAAGAUUGGGAUUCCGCCACCAAGAUUGGAAGCCGCGUCCGCGGUGCUGGUGCCUCGGACCGCGAGACUGUCAUCCGUGGAAAGAGUGCGCUUAACGCUGCUGCGAGAUCCGGCGCUGCCAUCAGCACAGAAAAGAAAUACGGCAGCACCAAUGCAGGCGGCAGCAGUGAAGGCCAGCGUCUGACAAAGGUCGACCGCUCCGAUGACAUUAUCAAGCCCAAGACAGUCGGAAAGGAAGUCGGCAAGGCUAUCGAGCAGGCUCGCCAGAAGUUCGAGCCCACCAUGACCCAGGCCGAACUGGGCAAGAAGAUUGGCGAGACAUCAGCAACUGUUGCCACAUACGAGCGCGGUACUGCUACGCCUGACCAGACCAUUCUCUCCAAAAUGGAGAGGGUGCUCAACGUCAAGCUGCGGGGUGCUAACAUUGGCGCCCCGCGCCUGGGCCCCAAGAAGAAAUAA